GACCUGCGCCUGCGCCAGUCCCUCCGACAUCACCGCGCUUCGCACACGCGUGUUUACUGCACCUGCCGACCGCGCCGCGCAUCCAAGUCCCAGCUUCACCUACGUCGCCCGCACGCACACGCACCACCACCGAGAUGAGCCGGCACUCCUGCCUGGCAGCCGCGGCGCUGCUCGCCGUGCUAUGUGUCGUCAAUGCCCAGAGGAGACUUGCUCUACCGGACCCCAGGAGUUGCGCGAAUAGGGUACGGCACUCGACGUACCGCGACGCACGUGGUGUGCUGCAUUCGUACUUCUUCAGUUGGGAGCACGCGCCGACCCGCAGCCUGGAGGUGGACUGGCUGGACGCCAGGAACAUCUGCCGUCGCCACUGCAUGGACGCCGUGUCGCUAGAAACUCCUCAGGAGAACGAAUUCAUAAAGCAGAGGAUCGCUCGCGGUAACGUGCGGUACAUUUGGACGUCAGGUCGUAAAUGCAACUUCGCGGGAUGCGACCGGCCCGACCUGCAGCCCCCGAACGUGAACGGCUGGUUCUGGUCGGGGUCGGGCGCGAAGAUCGGGCCCACCACGCAGCGCAACACCGGCGACUGGUCCUACACCGGCGGGUACGGACAGCCCCAACCUGACAAUCGUGAAGCUGCCCAGGGCAACGACGAGUCGUGCCUGGCGAUCCUGAACAAUUUCUACAACGACGGCAUCAAGUGGCACGACGUGGCGUGUCACCACGUGAAGCCCUUCGUCUGCGAGGACAGCGACGAGCUGCUCAACUUCGUGCGCUCGCGCAACCCUCAGCUGCGCCUAUGAGCCCCCGAUGAAGCCUCGCCCUCUAAUUUAGAUGGCUGACAUUGUACAAAACCGAGUGGCUAUUGAUAUUUAAGUUAUUUAUUAAAUUAACAUACUUCGACGUUAUCUUUUGGGUACCUUUUGCAGAUAAAGAGUAUUUGUAAGCCCCGACAGUACCCCUAACUCGUUACUAAGCUCGCUAUCCAAAGAUCAGAUCGUUUCGACGUUCGUCGCUGUCGCGCCUUCUGGUCAGUCAUCUUGUCUUCUGUACAGAGGUACUUCGCAAAAAAAUGUAAAAAGUCUUGUUUUUGCACAAAAUAGAAUUAGUGUAUAAAUGUUUAAGAUUAAAUAAAAAAUAAUAUUAUA